CCUCAACAGAUCUCAAUUCUCUCAACCUAGGUGUUCCUCUACGCAUGCAUGGUGUCAAAAACAUAAACAAAGAACCCAUUGUCGUCGGCUCCUCUUGCAUACUUGCACACAGCGUCCUAGCGGUGUCACAUACCUCAGAUGCUCGACGUCCGCGCUCACUUGAUAUCCGCUGUCAUGACGUGCGCCUCGUGCAGGCACAUCCCUUGAUCAAAACGCAACGAUCACUUCGCCGUGUUUCCUUUUUCUUCCCCCUUGGACAGAGACCUGGUAUACUGAUUUCCUUUUCUAUUCUCAACACACCUCACCUACGUAUAACAAUACUAGUAUCACAGUUGCAAGACUUGUUUCAGUUGCCCGGUACCACUAACAGCAACCAUGCCUCCGAUCCCUGUUCACACUGCAUCGCCCAUCAACAACAACACCCCUUCAGAUCUAUUCGGGACCUCUCCAAGCACGGCAGCAGCGCGCUAUACACCUCCUAGUGCUGAAGCCAGCCCAACGGCGACACAACCGACCAGCACCUACCCUGCAGCUCGACCAGGCGCGCCGGCGGUUCCACAGCCCACCAACGCUGCCUCCGCCACAUACAACAACAGACUGCAGCCAACUGCGACAGCCACACUGCCUACUCCCACAGCGACAUCGAAUGCGCCCCUAAGUGACAGUCCUCCCCCUCCUCAACCAGGCGCGGUUCCCUCUCCGUAUCCAACGGCCUACAAUACACCCGCGCUUUCGAUCCCUCAACCGCCCAUACCUGGGCCACAUCCACAGCACACACCAACGUCUUCCGUAACAUCCCCAGUUCGACACGCUUUGCCCUCGCCCACACCGACCCGUCCUUACCCCGUACCUUUCACUCCACAGCGGCAAUUCCAGGAUCUUUCCCAUCCGCCAGGCUAUAUGCAAGAUUCGCGUGCCUCAUUCGACGACAAACCCGUCGAAGACUGUCAGCCGUACGAAAAUCGUGCGAGCCCUUCAUCUACGAGUCGGCGUGGCAUUCUUGACAGCGAGCCCGUCUUUGACAAUCGAGGGGACAAUGACUCCAUCUUGAAUACCGCCAUGUCUUGGGCAAAAGCUGCUGGUAAAAGCUUGUCAAAGACAGAGCAGGAGAUCUGGAAGCAUAUGAAUGGGGAAGAUUAGAUCUUGAUAGCCAAUACAUGGAUGCAAGAAAUCAGACUUGUGUAUCCUAGGACAUGAUAAUGUGGUUGAUCAGACCUCUUUCUGACACACUUGCAAGCACUCGACCAGAUAGAACUAUGAUAACAAUGCAAGGCAAUCUAGUGAUUUGAAAAAAUUCUAAUAUGCACUUCAAGGGACUUUUUUAGUUUAGAAGGAUGAGCUGCAAGAUCAGGCAGUAAAGUACAAUUGGGAUUUGAGGAACGACGCAAUCGAAAAAGUAGAUCAAGUAAAACCCCG